UUUAUCGAAAUUAUUAUGAAUCGACGAGGAUUACAUUUUAUUUUAUCCUCGUUGUUGUUGUUGUUGUUGUUGUGUUACACGUUACAAUUGGCGCGAUGUCAAACGGACGCCUAUCACUGUGUAUGGACAGGAAAUUGCGGUUUAUCGAAUUUAGGCGUAAGUCGCACGUGCGCCUCGAACGAUCCACCGAAACCGCUCGAUCGCCAAUCGAAUUCGAAUCUCCGUGAAAAGUGCCCCCAUUAUUUUGAAGGCAAAGACUCACCGGAAUUGUGUUGCGACGUUGACAAUGUUAAAACGUUGCUCCAGAAUUUGAAUAUGGCCGAAGGUAUAUUCGGCAGGUGUCCAACUUGUUUGAAAAAUGCGUACAAAUUGCUGUGCGACUUGACGUGUAGCCCCGUGCAAAGCAAGUUUCUCCGCGUAACGAAAACAGGGAAUUAUACGACGGAAACAGGAAUUAGGAAAGAAUACGUGAAGGAAAUCGAAGUUUACAUCGAGGAGGAAUACAUGAACAAAACUUACGACUCUUGUAAGAACGUGGUCAUGCCUCAGAGUGGGAAAUUAGCUAUGGAUCUGGCUUGUGGAAUUUACGAUGCUAGCACGUGUACGCCAAAAUUAUGGUACGAGUAUCAAGGUAAUCCGGAUCAAAAUAUAUUCGUAAGCUUUCGAAUGCUUUUCUUCACGGAAAUAACGAAAAACGAAUCGAUGAAAUUAUGGAAUGAAUCGGUGAAAACGUGCAACGAAAUGUACGAGGGUUCAUCCCCGUGUAGCUGCGUCGAUUGUCCAACAUCUUGCCCGGUCGUUACGAUACAAAAACAAAAUGACGGUUUCCUCCUUUUCGGAUUGAACGGUUAUGGAAUUGUAACAGCAAUCGUAAUCGUUGCACUCAUCUUGAUAUUUGUGAUCGUAUAUAUUAUAAAGAUAAAAAUUGGUUUUUGUUUUCAUUUGCUCUCCUUGAGCAAGAUAUUUCAAAUAUUUUUCACCACUUGGGGCAAAACAUUCGCAAAAUAUCCAAUAAUAUUUUUAUUAAUAUUCGUAUACAUAAUAUUGAGAUUAAGUUUCGGAAUAAAAUAUCUCUCGAUAACGAGCAAUCCUAUAGAGAUUUGGGCAGCAUCCACCAGCAGAGCAAGGAUCGAGAAAAAUUAUUUUGAUUCUCAUUUCCAACCUUUCUACAGAACUGAGCAAAUUUACAUCAAAUCCGUGGGUCUCGAUAAGAUAUAUCACGAUACAACGACUGGUCGUCUCGAGUUUGGUCCAAUCUUCAACAAAGAAUUUUUGCUCGCUGUAUACGAUCUACAACAUAAAAUAUUGCAACUCGGGCAAAAAGAAGGGGAAGGUUUGGAACGGAUUUGCUACGCUCCCGUUCAAAACGAUUUCACAGGACCUGUCACUUUGGACUUGUGCACAGUGCAAAGCGUAUGGGGUUAUUUUCAAAACGAUCUCAAAUCGUUCAACAAAGUGGACAACUCGAGCGCGUACGAAAUCAAUUAUCUGAAUCAUUUGUACAAAUGUGCCCAAAAUGAAUAUAAUGACGAGUGUAUGGCGCCGUACAAAGGCCCAGUUUUUCCUGCACUUGCUUACGGAGGAUUUUUACGCGAAGGUGAAUUUAACUACGCGCCGGAAGAUUACAUUAAAUCGACAGGUAUAAUCUUGUCAUUUCUGGUGAAAAACUCGCUGGACGAAACUGUCCUCCAAUCGGCUCGCAAAUGGGAACAGAGGUUCAUUGACUUUAUGAAAGAAUGGGACACUAAAGAGAGACCAGAGUUCAUGGAUAUCGCGUAUACAACGGAAAGAUCGAUCGAGGAUGAGUUGGAACGAUCAUCGAGAGCAGAGGCAGUAACAGUGGUGAUCAGUUACGUGAUAAUGUUCGUUUACGUGUCCUUGGCUCUGAGCGAGAUAAAAUGUUCCGUGAAAGAAUAUUUCGCAAACAGCAAAAUAAUGUUGAGCGUCGGAGGUGUUGUCAUUGUAAUAGCAUCGGUUGCUUGCUCUCUUGGUAUAUUUGGUUACGUAGGAGUGCCAACGACACUCCUCACCAUCGAAGUAAUUCCAUUUUUGGUAUUGGCUGUGGGCGUAGACAAUAUUUUUAUUUUGAUUCACACGUACGAGAGAAAUCCAAAAUGCGACGACGAACCCAUAUGCGAUCACGUUGGAAGAAUCUUGGGAGAAGUUGGUCCGUCGAUGUUACUCACUAGUAUAUCCGAGUGUUUGUGUUUUUUGAUCGGAACAUUAUCGACAAUGCCUGCUGUAAAUACUUUUGCACUCUAUGCAUCGGUAUCGAUCUUGAUCAAUUUUCUGCUGCAAAUAACAGCUUUCGUCUGCCUUUUGUCGCUCCACGAGCGAAGAUUCGAGAAAACAUAUUUGGAUGUGCUUUGUUGCGUGAAAACGGAUAAGAAUAAUUUUUUGAUCGGGCAAAAAUUCAAUUUCGUGUAUACGAUUUUUGAACGCUAUUACACACCAUUUCUUAUGAAAACGCCGGUCAGAAUAAUCGUAUUGGUAAUAUUUUUCCUUUCUCUGAUAAUGCAUAUCGUAAUAGUGCCACAAAUUAAUGUAGGAUUGGAGCAAAAACUUUCGAUGCCCGAAGAUUCUUACGUUUUGAAAUACUUCGAGUUUAUGGAUGAUCUUCUAUCGAUGGGUCCACCUGUUUACUUUAUAGUAACACCUGGAUUGAAUUACAGCAAUCGUGUAGAACAAAAUAUAAUUUGUGGUGGUCAAGGAUGUAACAGCGAUUCUCUGUAUACUCAAAUUUAUUCAGCAUCUAAGCAACCUGCAGUGUCAUAUUUAUCGAAAGCAGCUUCAUCUUGGUUGGACGAUUACAUAGAUUGGUCGCAGAUUUCCGAUUGUUGUAAAUACUUUAAAACAAACGAAUCAUUUUGUCCACACUCGCAAUUCGAAGGAUGCCAAAGUUGCAAAAUCAAUAUUACAAAUUACAAUCGGCCGACCGAGUAUGAUUUUCGAAAAUAUUUACCUUAUUUUCUUCAAGAUAUUCCGGACGAAAGAUGUGCAAAAGCUGGUCGAGCGGCAUAUUUUGAUGCGUUGAAUUAUAAGACGGAUGAAAACGGAUUAAUAGAUGUCAGAGACAGUUAUUUCAUGGGAUAUCAUACCCCGUUAAAAAAAUCAUCGGAUUGGUACGAAGCUUUAAGAUUUGCCAGAAAUAUUGCCGAUAAUAUUACAAUUAUGAUAAAUAGUCUGGCAUACAAGGAUGUAACUGUAUUUCCAUACAGUGUAUUCUAUGUCUAUUACGAACAAUAUCUUACGAUAUGGAGAGAAACAUUAAUUUCAUUGGGUUACUCUCUUUGUGUCAUUUUCGUAGUGACAUUGAUUCUAACAUUAUCCUUAUUUUCGGCUAUAAUGGUAUUAUUGACAGUAUGCAUGAUCAUCAUAAACAUUGGCGGACUUAUGUAUUGGUGGCAUAUAGAAUUAAAUGCAGUUUCUCUUGUUAAUUUAGUUGUGUCUGUUGGUAUAUCUGUGGAAUUUUGCAGUCACAUUAUACAUUCGUAUUUAAAAUCAAAGAAGAAAACUAAAAUUGAACGUGCGUCUGAUACACUUAAUUAUACAGGAAGUUCAGUAUUCUCUGGAAUUACAUUGACCAAAAUUAUAGGAAUCGUGAUACUGGCAUUUGCUAAAACUCAAAUUUUCGAAAUAUUCUUUUUCCGAAUGUAUCUAAGUAUCGUAGUUUUCGGUGCUGCGCAUGGUUUGAUAUUCUUACCAGUAUUAUUAAGUUUUAUAGGACCAUCGAGAGAAUCAAAUCAACAAAAAGAAGAAGAAAUCGAUUAAUUCUUAAUAAUAAGAUGGAAUGUACAGAAAUUUCACUACUCAUUUAUAAUUUAUUUUUAUUAUUACUAUCCAAUUAAAUAACAUUAUUUUUUAACAAUGUUGAUC